CACCGACUGCGCGAUUUGUUUGACCUGAGCAUACCCUACUAUUAUGGGAACCGGAGUUCAAGUUUGUUCAACAAGGACAAAUUAACCGAGUUUGCUAUCGAUAUACACGUUAAUGCGAUAAGGCUGUUUAAUAAUAAUAAGACCCUCAAUGUGAUCGAGAUUACCGAUACUGAGCCCAUUGAGUCACUGGUGGUUCCAGACGGCCGGCAGGGGUUAAAUCAAAUGAAACCCAAAUGGAGAGAAUACCAGAUCGAUUUGAAAGAAAUGAAUAUAAACAUUUAUCAGCACGAAUCGUGGUUCCCACCUAGCUUGUACGAAGGUGGGGCGCACGUGCACCUGUCAAUGCACUCGCCAAACAUACUGCCCCAGGCAAUGUCACCCAACAAUUUUGUGCGACUAAAAACGGGCAAAUGGUACGAAAUGACAUACAACCGGUGGAAAACCAUACUAUUACCACCUAGCACCAGGGCGGGUGACUAUCAGCUCCGGGCCGACUGCGUUAAUCAAUGCGUUUACGACGGUUUGCUUAAGACUUGCGAUGCAGACAAACUGUCACCACUUCAGGGCCAACCUCUUGGUAAUAGCGAUAACACCGGUAGCGUCAACACCAGCACAGGUAAAAUUGGCAAGGUGGGCAAAGGUCUCGGCAAACGGCAACAGCACAACGCAACCCUAUGCCUGUACCGGUCGGAUAGUCUAUGGCGACAGGAGUUGGUGGGACCGGGCGCACCCCUGGCAGAUGAUCGCAUAUGCGCCAAAUACGAGCCUGGUACAAUAAAAGCAACGCUGGCCGGGGCUGAUAAGCAAGCGUUUGAGCGUACAGUAGACCGGAGGGCAUGUUUCCGACAGCACGCCUCCCGAGUGAACGGCGAGUGCGAACUCAAGUGUCCGCAAGAGUGCAAUAAUAGGUACUAUAACUAUAACGUUAAGACCAGCGAUAAGCUGCCCGGCCAUUCGCCCUGGACUAAGCAGACACAUGUCCGUAUGGCACACAAUCAGUUGCCCGAUCAGAUCACCGAGCACAUACCCGAAAUCAGUUUUGUCCAGUUUAUCGGCACGUUUGGAGGGUUGGUGGGCAUGUGGGUCGGUUUGUCAGCGUUUGCCGUAUUGGAUUUUGCCCUUGUUUGC